UCCUGUGAGGUCAGGUGGGAGGAAGCGGCCGCCCGUGGACACCGAGCCCCGGGACCCGUGCGCGCAGGUACAGACCAGCAGAAAUUCGCAGCUUCCAGGGAGAAUGGUGAGGAUCUUGGCCAAUGGGGAGAUUGUUCAGGAUGAUGACCCCCGAGUGAGGACUACCACCCAACAGAGAAGUAGCAGUCCCCGGCAGGGCUUUUUCAGCAGAGGCCAUGGAGUACCCCCAGGGGGCCCUGGACCCCGCCAGCAGCAGGCAGGUGCCCGACUGGGUGCUGCCCAAUCUCCUUUCAGUGACCUGAACCGGCAGCUGGUGAACAUGGGCUUCCCACAGUGGCAUCUCGGGAACCACGUGGUGGAGCCUGUGACCUCCAUCCUCCUCCUUUUCCUGCUCAUGAUGCUCGGGGUUCGUGGCCUCCUGCUAGUGGGCCUGGUCUACCUGGUGUCUCACCUGAGCCAGCGGUGACCUCCGGGGAACUCAUCAGGGUGGGAGUGUUCAGUAGGAUGGACUGGGCUUCGGGUGUGAGAGAUCACGCACAGGGGGAGGGAGUUGGGUGUGCUCCAAAGGUGUGUUGAGCAUGAGACCGUGAGUGUAGAUUUUCCCCACCGCAGGAGGCAGGGGGACUCUCUGGGCCAGCAUUGCUGAAAAAUAGAGUCCUGUGGGUUUUCUGGAAUGUUUUUAGGGGCAUAGGGCCUCCACUAAAAAGCACAAGCCAGAUUAAGAGGGUUUAGCGUGUAGCAUGUGCCCACCCAGAACACAAGUCCUCCACCAGGUGCAAACCUGGAACUUCGAGCAGCUGGGAACUGCCCAGAGUUUUAUAGCAUUCCUUUAUCUCAACGGGGUCUUUUCUAUUGGCCACUCUUAAUUACGAGGAAGGACAUCAACAUUCUGUUCAUCAUGAUCUUUCCUUUCAGUUUUCCAAGACAAGAGUCUCACUGUGUAGCCUUGGCUGGCCUGGAACUCACCAUGUAGACCAGGCUGGCCUUUGAGCUCACAGAAAUCCUCCUGCCUCUUCCUCCCGAGGGCUGGGACCAAAGGUGUGUGAUACCAUGCCCAGCUAUUGUGAUAUUUUCAAUAAAUAAAUUGGAGUCCCUUUU